AUGUGUGUGUACUCCCUCACUGCGCGUACAGGUACUCCCCCAGCGGCUGCGGCAGGCGCGUGUACUCACUGCGCGUACAGGUACUCCCCCAGGCGCGUGUACUCACUGCGCGUACAGGUACUCCCACAGCGGCUGCGGCAGGCGCGUGUACUCACUGCGCGUACAGGUACUCCCCCAGGCGCGUGUACUCACUGCGCGUACAGGUACUCCCACAGCGGCUGCGGCAGGCGCGUGUACUCACUGCGCGUACAGGUACUCCCACAGCGGCUGCGGCAGGCGCGUGUACUCACUGCGCGUACAGGUACUCCCACAGCGGCUGCGGCAGGCGCGUGUACUCACUGCGCGUACAGGUACUCCCCCAGGCGCGUGUACUCACUGCGCGUACAGGUACUCCCACAGCGGCUGCGGCAGGCGCGUGUACUCACUGCGCGUACAGGUACUCCCACAGCGGCUGCGGCAGGCGCGUGUACUCACUGCGCGUACAGGUACUCCCCCAGGCGCGUGUACUCACUGCGCGUACAGGUACUCCCCCAGGCGCGUGUACUCACUGCGCGUACAGGUACUCCCCCAGGCGCGUGUACUCACUGCGCGUACAGGUACUCCCCCAGGCGCGUGUACUCACUGCGCGUACAGGUACUCCCCCAGGCGCGUGUACUCACUGCGCGUACAGGUACUCCCCCAGGCGCGUGUACUCACUGCGCGUACAGGUACUCCCCCAGGCGCGUGUACUCACUGCGCGUACAGGUACUCCCCCAGGCGCGUGUACUCACUGCGCGUACAGGUACUCCCCCAGGCGCGUGUACUCACUGCGCGUACAGGUACUCCCCCAGGCGCGUGUACUCACUGCGCGUACAGGUACUCCCCCAGGCGCGUGUACUCACUGCGCGUACAGGUACUCCCCCAGGCGCGUGUACUCACUGCGCGUACAGGUACUCCCCCAGGCGCGUGUACUCACUGCGCGUACAGGUACUCCCACAGCGGCUGCGGCAGACAGACGGCCAGCAGCGGCAGGUGGCGCACGCGGUCGGGCCGCACGCCGCCGUGGCAGCACACGAAGUCGCUGUUGUCUAUCGGGCCCGGCUCCGCCCACGUGUUGAACCUACAGUACACGACCCACUAUCACUCGUAAAACUCUCAACUCACAUUUCAUUGUUUGAAUAAAAAUUAAAUUUGCGAUAUUCUUAAUGAAAAAUGCUUAAAAAAUCCAUUUUAUCCCUUGGCAAUCUGAGAUGGGACUCGAACCCAUGACUUUUCGCAAUCCGGGCGACUGCUCCAACCCCUAAGCUACCUAACAAUACACCCGAACAGCCGAAAGAAUUAUUUUUACAAAUAUUUAAACUUUCGAUAAAGAUGAAAUUUUGUUAUAAUUAAUAAUAUGAUCAUUUUUGUAUUCAAUAAAAAAAGAAAUAGUCUAAAGUUUGGCAAUGGAACCCUCCGUAAAUAUUAUUGUAUCAUUAAUAUUAAUAAAUACGAGUGUACGGUUCCGACCGCACAUUGAACUGUAAUAAGUAGGUAACGCGCGUCAGCAAUAUUCGCCUGCUACUUUAUUCAUAAUUAUUUAAAAUGAUGUUUCGCAAUGUCUCUAAUAUUGAAGUAAAAGUUAGUAUUUUUCCGAUCGCCACACCAAUCGCGCGUAUCCACUCAUACCAUUUUACCAUACUUUCUACUACCAUUAUUUCACCAUAGUUUUACUUUUCUUUUCUAUAAUUUUAUUAGUAUAAAGAGACUCAGUGUUAAAAUAAGUUUAAGAACUUUGUUACUACAGUGACUAAAUAAAAUAUAUACUUUUUAUUAUUAUUGCCUACAAGUGACUUUUAUUAUAACUAUCUCAUCAAUAAGGUGUAUUCUCCGUACAACGAAUAUUUUGGCGAUAAAUUGAAAAUUGUCUGUGUUAUACCAGCAUGAAAUUAGAUAUAUUAUGACUUCCAAUAUCAUUUAAGUUAAUAAAGUUACAAUAGAUUUCGAAUAACCUUUCACAGUGAAACCUUAUCUCGUGCCGUUGUUUACUAGUUGAAUGAGUUCAAACAUGGUCGCACGGACGGACAUCUACAGUGACUACUCAAGUAAACAUUAAUGUUACGUGACGUAUGAUAGAGACUAACAAAAGAGUGACCUAUAAGCAAAUACGAACAAGCAUAGUCAUAGGUAUGAGUCAAGUGUACAAAAUCCUCUACGAACAUUUAGUGGCAGAAAACUUAGUGUCCGUUGGACACCUCUAAUUUGAUAGAGACCCAAAAAUUCCUUCGUGUUUCUUUAUUUAAUGGAGGUGACUUCGAAUGCUAA